UUGAUUCAGAUGCAGACGGUGACAUGGCGUCAACUGCUGACGAUCGAGAGCAGAGUAUGGAGGUCGCUGACACUAUCCAGCUGAACCUUGGUGAGCUGGACCUAACUUCAGAAGAUUUUUGGUUGGAGGAAGCUGAUGUACAUAUCCAACGCAAUCUAGAGGAUGACAUUGUUAAAGAAGCCCUCAACACAGGAGUUGACUUACGACAAUACUCUAAACAAGUGGAGAAGGAACUGCUGGAUGUCGAAAAUGCCUCUAUACAGGACUACAUUAAGGAGAGCCAGAACAUCGCUAGUCUCCACAAACAGAUUGCUGCCUGUGACACCAUUUUGGAGAGAAUGGAACAGAUGCUGAAUUGUUUCCAAGGUGACCUCAGCAGCAUCAGCAGUGAAAUUCAGACUCUACAGGAGCAGUCUGUCACAAUGAAUGUCAAAUUGAAAAACAGACAGGCUGUGAGGGGUGAACUCAGUCAGUUUGUGGACGAGAUGGUUAUACCAGAAACAAUGAUUAACCACAUCCUUGAUACACAAGUAACAGAGAGAGAAUUCCUCGAACACCUCCAUGAAUUGAACCACAAAAUUAAUUUUGUCAAGGAACAAUCCUUCCGAGAUGCCAAAUCUUGUUUUGAUGUCCGUGAUAUUCUAGAAAAAUUGAAAAUAAAGGCUAUAGCGAAAAUCAGAGAGUUCCUUAUGCAGAAGAUAUACUCCUUCCGCAAGCCUAUGAGCAACUAUACCAUUCCACAAAACGCAAUGCUGAAGUUUAGGUUUUUUAAUGAAUUCCUGAUGGCUAAUGAGAGGCAUGUUGCCAAAGAGGUGAGGGAUGAGUACAUCGAUACCAUGGGUAAAAUGUACUACUCCUACUUCAAAGGCUACCUCAGCAGACUGAUGAAACUACAGUUUGAAGAGGUAGCAGAGCGAGAGGACUUGAUGGGAGUAGAAGAUACUGCCAGGAGAAGCUUUUUCUCUACAAAACCAACCUUAAAAAACAGGUCAACAGUGUUUACCGUAGGCAACCGUGGCAAUAUCCUGGGAACAGAUCUGGAAGGGCCAAUCAUUGUUCCUCAUGCAGCUCAAAAAUCUGACACAAAGUACAACUUUGAGUGUCUGUUCCGUAGUAUACACUUCGCCCUGAUGGACAACUGUUGUCGAGAAUACCUCUUCCUCGUCGACUUCUACAUGGCAUCUGGUUCUGCCUCUAUAGAUCUCUUUAAUUCUAUAAUCGGCAAAACUCUCACUCUCUACCUGAAACAAAUGGAGGACUACAUCAAUGACUGCUAUGACUCCAUUGCCAUUUUCCUCUCCAUCCACAUUGUUUAUCGAUUCCAUUCCAUCAUGCAGAAGAGAUCGGUGCCAGCAUUGGACAGGUACUGGGAGGCACUACAACAGAUGAUGUGGCCUCGAUUUGAGUAUAUCCUCGACCUCAACAUACAGAGUGUCCGCGACUGUGAUCCACAGAAGUUUGGCCACAUUGACAACCGACCACACUAUAUUACACGUCGUUAUGCAGAAUUCUCAGCAGCAAUUGUGGGAAUCAACCAAUCAUUUCCGAAUGAGCGGGUCCAGCGGGUCCUGGAGCAGCUUCAAACUGAGGUUGAGAACUUCAUCCUUAAAAUGGCUGCUGAGUUUCCUCACCGCAAAGAACAACUAAUCUUUCUCAUCAACAACUAUGAUAUGAUGUUGGGGGUCAUCAUGGAAAGAACAACAGAAGAUUCAAAGGAAUCUGAAAGUUUUAAGGAGUUGUUGACCGGACGGACAUCAGAGUUCAUUGAGGAGGUGCUUUCCCCGCACUUUGGGGGUCUGAUUAGCUUUGUUAAGGAUUGUGAGGUGGUUCUGGAGCGUGGCCACACUGACAGUCUCAAACAUGAGGAGAGGCGGGUACAGCAGAUAGUGAGAGGAUUCAACAAUGACUGGAAACGGGCACUGGAAGUCAUCAACGGUGACGUAAUGAGAGCGUUCACAAACUUCAAAAACGGAACACAGAUUCUACAGGGGGCCCUGACACAGCUAAUUCAAUAUUACCAUCGCUUCCAGAAAGUGCUAUCACAAGGACCAUUCCGUAAUAUGACAAUUAGAAAUGAACUCAUCAAUAUUCACCAUGUUAUGGUGGAGGUGAAGAAAUACAAACCUACAUUUUAGAUUUAAUCAUCAUUAUCAUCUCUAAUUGGACUGUUUGUGUUUUCACCUUGUAAUACAGCAUGGACAGAAUUGGGCUUCACUCGUCAGGAUCCAUCUUAUUAGAAUCUAGUACAUUCCUGUAGUGUAUUUUGAUUAGAAAAAAUUAAAGACUAAAGCAUUCCAAGACGAUAUCACAUAAAUGAUCAUGUUUAUACAAAACAAAUUGCUAAUUUAACUUCUGGUGUCAUUUGGAAUGAAGAGUGUAUCAUUUCCUGUAAGGUCAGUAUCAAGUACAAAACAGUAUGAGGGGUAAACUGGAUGGUAAGCAAUGGUGUAAAUAAAUAAUUUUAUUGUAAAUACUUGGGGUACAUAUAGCUGAUAUGUAAAUACUGGGGUACAUAUAUCUGAUAUGUAAAUACUGGGGUACAUGUAUCUUACAUGUAAAUAUUUGGGUACAUGUAUCUGAUAUGUAAAUACUGGGGUACAUAUAUCUGAUAUGUAAAUACUGGGGUACAUAUAUCUGAUAUGUAAAUAUUGGGGUACAUGUAUCUGAUAUGUAAAUAUUGGGGUACAUAUAUCUGAUAUGUAAAUACUGGGGUACAUGUAUUUGACAUGUAAAUACUGGGGUACAUAUAUCUGAUAUGUAAAUACUGGGGUACAUAUAUCUGAUAUGUAAAUAUUGGGGUACAUGUAUCUGAUAUGUAAAUAUUGGGGUACAUCUAUCUGAUAUGUAAAUACUGGGGUACAUAUAUCUGAUAUGUAAAUACUGGGGUACAUGUAUCUUACAUGUAAAUACUGGGGUACAUGUAUCUGAUAUGUGAAUACUGGGGUACAUAUAUCUGAUAUGUAAAUAUUUGGGUACAUGUAUCUGAUAUGUAAAUACUGGGGUACAUGUAUUUGAUAUGUAAAUAUUUGGGUACAUGUAUUUAUAUAAAUAUAUCCGAUUCUUUUUUAUAAAAGUAUCUAUAUAAACUGUAUAUAAUUUCAUGGUACACACAUAUACAUAGAGGACCCUACAUGUGAUAUUGAAUUACAGAACAAGUUAGAUAAUUUCUUAUAAAACGAGAAUACCAGGGUACGCUUCAUUAGGGCCAGCAUUGGAGAAUAUCGGGGUACGCCUCAGUAGGGCCAGCAUUGGAGAAUAUCGGGGUACGCCUCAGUAGGGCCAGCAUUGGAGAAUAUCGGGGUACGCCUCAGUAGGGCCAGCAUUGGAGAAUACUGGGGUACGCCUCAUUAGGGCCAGCAUUGGAGAAUAUCGGGGUAGGCUUCAUUAGGGCCAGCAUUGGAGAAUACUGGGGUAGGCUUUAUUAGGGCCUGGUUCUGAUGGUAUAUCAAUCACAGUGAUACACCAAUAUAUUUUGUACCAAAUUUAAAUGUGCAAUAGGGGUUAAACUAAUUCCAAAAGUCAAGGUCACUGUUUAUUAUAAUAUAAUGUAUACUGUAAAGCAUGUACAUGAGAUAUGAAGGAACAUGUGACUGUCACUGACCAGUCAGUGUUCUAGUGAACUGACACGUGACUCUCACUGACCAGUCAGUGUUCUAGUGAACUGACACGUGACUCUCACUGACCAGUCAGUGUUCUAGUGAACUGACACGUGACUCUCACUGACCAGUCAGUGUUCUAGUGAACUGACACGUGACUCUCACUGACCAGUCAGUGUUCUAGUGAACUGACACGUGACUCUCACUGACAAGUCAGUGUUCUAGUGAACUGACACGUGACUCUCACUGACAAGUCAGUGUUCUAGUGAACUGACACGUGACUCUCACUGACCAGUCAGUGUUCUAGUGAACUGACACGUGACUCUCACUGACCAGUCAGUGUUCUAGUGAACUGACACGUGACUCUCACUGACCAGUCAGUGUUCUAGUGAACUGACACGCGACUCUCACUGACCAGUCAGUGUUCUAGUGAACAGACACGCGACUCUCACUGACCAGUCAGUGUUCUAGUGAACAGACACGUGACUCUCACUGACCAGUCAGUGUUCUAGUGAACAGACACGUGACUCUCACUGACCAGUCAGUGUUCUAGUGAACAGACACGUGACUCUCACUGACCAGUCAGUGUUCUAGUGAACUGACACGUGACUCUCACUGACCAGUCAGUGUUCUAGUGAACUGACACGUGACUCUCACUGACCAGUCAGUGUUCUAGUGAACAGACACGUGACUCUCACUGACCAGUCAGUGUUCUAGUGAACUGACACGUGACUCUCACUGACCAGUCAGUGUUCUAGUGAACAGACACGUGACUCUCACUGACCAGUCAGUGUUCUAGUGAACAGACACGUGACUCUCACUGACCAGUCAGUGUUCUAGUGAACAGACACGUGACUCUCACUGACCAGUCAGUGUUCUAGUGAACAGACACGUGACUCUCACUGACCAGUCAGUGUUCUAGUGAACUGACACGUGACUCUCACUGACCAGUCAGUGUUCUAGUGAACUGACACGUGACUCUCACUGACCAGUCAGUGUUCUAGUGAACAGACACGUGACUCUCACUGACCAGUCAGUGUUCUAGUGAACUGACACGUGACUCUCACUGACCAGUCAGUGUUCUAGUGAACUGACACGCGACUCUCACUGACCAGUCAGUGUUCUAGUGAACAGACACACGACUGUCACUGACCAGUCAGUGUUCUAGUGAACAGACACGUGACUCUCACUGACCAGUCAGUGUUCUAGUGAACAGACACGUGACUCUCACUGACCAGUCAGUGUUCUAGUGAACAGACACGUGACUCUCACUGACAAGUCAGUGUUCUAGUGAACAGACACGUGACUCUCACUGACCAGUCAGUGUUCUAGUGAACAGACACGUGACUCUCACUGACCAGUCAGUGUUCUAGUGAACAGACACGUGACUCUCACUGACCAGUCAGUGUUCUAGUGAACAGACACGUGACUCUCACUGACCAGUCAGUGUUCUAGUGAACAGACACGUGACUCUCACUGACCAGUCAGUGUUCUAGUGAACAGACACGUGACUCACUGACCAGUCAGUGUUCUAGUGAACUGACACGUGACUCUCACUGACCAGUCAGUGUUCUAGUGAACUGACACGUGACUCUCACUGACCAGUCAAUGUUCUAGUGAACAGACACACGACUGUCACUGACCAGUCAGUGUUCUAGUGAACAGACACGUGACUGUCACUGACCAGUCAAUGUUCUACAUGUAUAUCUGGAGAAAAAUUUGGCAUUAAUAACAUUGUAUGUUAUCAGGCAGAAUUCGUGUCAUUACACAGUUAUGAUUAGCACAUUUCUCAGCAAAAAAACUGUAGCAAGAAUCUGGUAUUCAUCCUUUCAAAACAGUCACUGGAAUUUAGAUGUGGGCUUUUCCCCAGAGUCCAAAUAUUCUCACUGUCCUUAAAUGACCUUAGCUGUUGAUAGGACAAUUAACAAUAUUAAACCAAACCAAAAAUAGGAUUCUCUUUUUGAACGGCUAAUUAAACCUAGAACAAACAUGGGUACAAGCAUGUGAGGGAAUCAGAUUUGUCUGAAUGUGGGUACAAGCAUGUGAGGGAAUCAGAUUUGUCUGAAUGUGGGUACAAGUAUGUGAGGGAAUCAGAUUUGUAUGAGUGUAGGUACAAGCAUGUGAGAGAAUCAGAUUUGUAUGAGUGUGGGUACAAGCAUGCGAGGGAAUCAGAUUUGUCUGAAUGUGGGUACAAGCAUGUGAGGGAAUCAGAUUUGUAUGAAUGUGGGUGCAAGCAUGUGAGGGAAUCAGAUUUGUCUAAAUGUGGGUACAAGCAUGUGAGGGAAUCAGAUUUGUCUGAAUGCAAACAAGUUGUAAUAUAUGGUGUCAUGUCACAGUAUGACAUGUUAAAGUAACCACUUGUAUAUAAGGACUCCCUAUCCACAUUAAAAUAAUAUGUUCAAUCAAAAUGCUGCCAGUAUAUUUGUGAUCAGUUUAAAAACAAACAUUUCUUCUCUUUGACUGAGUACUAAUCAAUGUUGCUUUUAGCAUUCCUUAACUUUUUUAAACAGAAAUCCUCUUGUGUUCUGGUAAUCUACAAGAAUAGUUCCUGAAUUUUGUUUUAUUUUCAUGAUAUCAAAUCUGUAAUAGAUAUUCCGGGUGCAAGUAAAUCCUUUCUGACAUCUCCAGAAAAAGUUUAAAGUGUUGUUGAUUUCAGCUAAUUUUCAUCAAACUAUGGUCUAUUAAAUAUCACUAUUCUGGGAUGUAAUAUAGAUUUGUAGUCCAGAUAGUGUUCACACACAUGUAUACUGUAUACAAAAUAAAUGUAUAUAUCAAGUGAGAGAGAUAUAUGCAUGGAAUAAAUCAAUUGUCAAUGA